AUGAGGAGCAGCCUGACCCUGGUGGGGACCCUCUGGGCCUUCCUGUCCCUUGGUACUGCUGUGGCCAGUUCUACCAGUUACUUCCUGCCUUACUGGCUCUUUGGAUCCCAGCUGGGGAAGCCAGUGUCAUUCAGCACAUUCCGGAGGUGCAACUACCCCGUGCGGGGAGAGGGGCACAGUCUGAUCAUGGUGGAAGAGUGUGGGCGCUAUGCCAGCUUCAGUGCCAUCCCAAGCCUGGCCUGGCAGAUGUGCACAGUGGUGACAGGUGCCGGCUGUGCUCUGCUGCUCCUCGUGGCACUGGCUGCUGUCCUGGGCUGCUGCAUGGAGGGGCUCAUCUCCAGAAUGAUGGGACGUUGCAUGGGAGCAGCACAGUUCGUGGGAGGGUUGCUGAUAAGCUCAGGCUGUGCAUUAUACCCCUUAGGAUGGAAUAGCCCGGAGAUAAUGCAAACAUGUGGGAAUGUCUCCAAUCAAUUUCAGUUAGGUACCUGUCGGCUUGGCUGGGCCUAUUACUGUGCUGGAGGUGCAGCAGCUGCAGCCAUGUUGAUCUGCACCUGGCUCUCUUGUUUUGCUGGAAGAAACCCCAAGCCUGUCAUGUUGGCGGAGAGCAUCAUGAGGAACACCAAUUCUUAUGCCAUGGAGCUUGACCACUGCCUCAAACCUUGAGUUUUGGCAGAAGAUUGGAAAGGGUGGGAAAGAGAAGGGAAGGGAGCCUUGAAAAGAGACACUAAGGGGCGCCUGGGUGGCUCAGUCGGUGAGGCGUCCGACUUCGGCUCGGGUCAUGAUCCCACAGUUCAUGAGUUCAAGCCCCGCGUCAGGCUCUGUGCUGACAUCUCAGAGCCUGGAGCCUGCUUUGGGUUCUGUGUCUCCCUCUCUCUCUCUGUCCUCUCCCCACUCAUACUGUUUCUCAAAAAAGGAAUAAAUGAUAAAC